UUUUCGGUGAGCGAGCCGAGAGCGCCGAGGAGGAGGAGGAGGAGAGCUGCUGUGUGGCGGAGCGGCAGCAACAGCAGCAGCACCUUUGACGUGCCCGUCCCCCACGUGACGGCCGCUCCAUUGCGGAGAGGGAGCUGAGCUGCCGCCGCUCCGGCAGAGCAGGGGAGAGCCGCAGCCUCGGCGGCGGCAGCAGCGGCAGCAGCCGCGCCUCCGCCCGCAGUGCGUGUGUGUGAUGAGCGAUCACCGCGUCCCUCCGCCCGCUGCCGGCUGACACCGACCGCAGGGGCGCAGGAGGAGGAGGCGAGGACCCGCGGCCACCGCGCAGUGACCUUGGCCCAGGAGUGCAACGUUCAAAAGCGGAUCAAAUCUUUGGGACAUGGCACAAGGAAAUAAUUAUGGGCAAAGCAGCAACGGGGUGGCUGAUGAAUCCCCAAACAUGCUGGUAUAUAGAAAGAUGGAAGACGUCAUAGCCCGCAUGCAAGAUGAGAAAAAUGGGAUUCCUAUUCGUACAGUCAAAAGUUUUCUUUCCAAGAUUCCCAGCGUCUUUUCUGGUUCAGACAUUGUUCAAUGGUUAACGAAGAACUUGUCUAUAGAGGACCCAGUGGAAGCUCUGCAUUUGGGGACAUUGAUGGCAGCCCAUGGCUAUUUCUUUCCAAUCUCAGACCAUGUUCUAACACUAAAGGAUGAUGGAACCUUUUAUCGAUUCCAGACACCCUAUUUUUGGCCAUCAAAUUGUUGGGAGCCGGAAAACACAGACUAUGCUGUUUACCUCUGCAAGCGGACAAUGCAAAACAAAGCAAGACUAGAGCUAGCAGACUACGAAGCUGAGAGUUUGGCCAGGCUACAGCGAGCAUUUGCUCGGAAAUGGGAGUUUAUUUUUAUGCAAGCUGAAGCACAAGCAAAAGUGGACAAAAAGAGAGACAAGAUAGAGAGGAAGAUUCUUGACAGCCAGGAACGAGCAUUCUGGGAUGUGCACCGGCCGGUGCCUGGAUGUGUGAACACUACUGAAGUGGAUAUAAAAAAAUCUUCAAGAAUGAGAAAUCCACAUAAAACAAGAAAGUCUGUCUAUGGCUUACAAAACGACAUUCGAAGUCACAGCCCUACCCACACACCAGUACCAGAGACUAAGCCACCUACAGAAGAUGAACUACACCAAGAGAUUAAGCACUGGCAAAUGCAAUUAGACAGACAUAGAUUAAAAAUGUCAAAAGUUGCAGAGAGUCUAUUAGCUUAUACAGAGCAGUAUUUGGAAUAUGAUCCUUUUCUUGUGCCCCCUGAUCCCUCAAACCCUUGGAUAUCGGAUGACACCACUUUCUGGGAACUGGAGGCCAGCAAAGAGCCAGGACAGCAGAGGGUGAAACGGUGGGGGUUUGGCAUGGAUGAAGCUUUGAAAGACCCUGUGGGAAGAGAGCAGUUUCUCAAAUUCCUGGAGUCAGAAUUCAGUUCAGAAAAUUUAAGGUUCUGGCUAGCAGUAGAAGACCUGAAGAAGAGGCCUAUCCGUGAAGUUCCUGCUCGCGUCCAAGAAAUCUGGCAAGAAUUUCUUGCUCCAGGUGCACCCAGCGCUAUCAAUCUAGAUUCAAAAAGUUAUGACAAAACCACGCAGAAUGUAAAGGACCCUGGAAGAUACACAUUUGAAGAUGCUCAGGAGCACAUUUACAAACUGAUGAAAAGUGAUUCUUAUCCUCGUUUUAUACGAUCCAGUGCCUACCAGGAGCUGCUACAGGCCAAGAAAAAGUUGGAAAACACUCUGGAUCGUCGAACAUCUUUUGAGAAAUUCACACGCAAUGUGGGCAGAAACAUCCCUAUUUUCCCAUGCCAUAAAAACUGUACACCAACACUGAGGGCGAGCACUAACCUGUUAUGAAAAGAGGGGAAAUCGCUCACAUCAAAGAGGUUAACCAGUCUAGUGCAGUCCUACUAAAAGGAUCACCUUGUAGCAUGGAAGCAGACUCAAAUCAUUAUACAUACUUUGUAGCUCACUGAUUGCCUGACUCAGAGGACAGUAGAACAAGAUGUUGCAUGAGCAAGGACCUGACUUGUUUUCUUUUGUGUAUACUAAGGCAUUACAGACUCCGAGGGACUCUCUAGCCUUUCGAUGCCUCCAUUUCGAAAACUGUCUGCUCACUUCCUCCUUCAUAUCAAGCUGGAUCUAUGUCUUUUUAUUUUCUGCAAGCUCAAGUACAGUGAAAAAAAAGCUUCUGCUAGGCACAGUUUAUUAAAAAAAUACGUCAAUCAAAACUGGAAGAAAUGUAAAAAUUGCAUAUAUUAAUAAAUAUACAUAUGGCAUCACAUUUAUUGCACAAUGAAUUAGCACAGAAGGUUUCAUUUCACUGAUGUAUUCACAUUGAGAAAGAAAGCCUGUGUCUUUGUCUGUUGUCUGUAUAUUCUCUGUUAAUGUUUCUUGCAUUUAUUUUUAUACCAUAUUUAAAAAAGAACACCUUUUACUCCAGAUGUAUUAAAGUUGAUCCUUUCUCUGUAAAUUUGUGUAUGUUUAUAUUGUUGUUUUAUCUUUCAUUAAAAGAUGCAGAAUCUCUUUCCUUUGGGAAGUUUGAGAUUUUAAUAUUGAAUCUGAAGAUUAGUCAAGAGCAAAAAAAAUCCCCAAAAGUUUCACACCUUGUGCUUUCUAAAGUGACAUGAAAUGGCAUUUUCUUUCUCUCAGUGACACCGAAUCAAACACACUUUAUUGACAAUCAUUUACUUUUUAUUUUAUUUUUAUCAAGCUAGCAGCAGAGAGACCUUUCCAGCUUGCUCAUCAUCACAUAAGCAAACCUUUCAGUAAGCCAGACCGGUGAGCACGGCCUGCUCAGCGAUCCAGUCGCUACCCCACACCGGAUCGACUGAGCCGCAUUUCCUUAGAACGGGCAUCAACAAAGCUGGCUGAGAGCACAGGUGCAUACUUGCUAAAUAGGAAGGACAGUGUUGUUUUCUCCUUGCUGUCACUUGUGAUACAACGCAACGUUUUAAGCCGAGAAGGGAGUAGUUUGGGAGUGCUGAGUUGACUGUUUGUAGAGCAAAGCUUGGCUAGUCACUCAGGAGGCUGUCCUUUUAAUUCGGGGGCUCCAUUCAGGUGUCCUGUAGUAUGUCUGCUGCUGAGGCUCCUCACACAGAUACCUAUUGACGGAUUUAUGAGAGCAUGUAGCUGUUGCCUGUGAGACAGCAGAUAUGGCGCUUCUGAGGCUAAACUGAGCUGGAACCAGAAACCUCUGCUGGGCUUAAGAAACAGCACUUUUGACCGAGAGAGAUGACGCAAGGACAGUCGGCAGAAUCUCUGAGUAGAAAAGCAAUGAUGGGAACUAAGUCAAAUGACAAAAUGCUUCUAUCUCCAGGGCAUGGUAGGGUGCGUAGGACAAACAAGCCUCUUUAGCAAUGCCCAGGAUAGACUCAGGACAGCCAACUCUAGUGCCAUCUGUCAUACUGCCUUUGGUUUGAUAUUGAGAAACAGGAGUCUUGUCUCAAAGGAACUACAAAAGCUAAAAAUGCACACACACACACAAAGUGGGACAGUCAUAGACACAAUCAGGCAAUAAAUUUGAAUACAUUAAUGCUAGAGUUGCCUCACUUAGCAUCGGAUACCUACCCGAGCUGUUGCUGCCGCUAGGGACAGGGCUCCUCCCAGAGCAGCUGUGGGCACAAGGGAGCUGAGGUGCCUUCUGCAGGGAGCGCUCACUUCUCCUCUGCCUCUGUCUGCCACCCUGCAGCCACAGCCCUGACUGCAGCGUCUCUGAAGAGGUAGUCUGAAUGAAUUCAGGACCAACCACAUUAUAAAUCACCAUGAUUUUUUCUCGGUUGGGGUUUCUGGAGGGUUGGGGUUUUUGUUUGCUCUUUGUUUUCACAUGCCACUGUUUCUGGUUUCUAGCUAGGAGGAUAAUCACUGCUUUAAAGUGUCUCAGUUUUUGUUAGCACAAUUCUACUAAGCUUUUAUCAGAAAACGUUGAAAAUGCCCCAUGAGAGCUUGAUUUUAUCUAGAGCUCCAUCUAGGUCAACUCAAAAUAUUCACAGUCUAGGGAGGCCAGAUGAAUUUUAAUAAAUAGCCACAUUGAACCCUGGAUCUUAAACUCUGAGAUUUAAUUUUCCUUCACCACAGAAAUGUGAGCUCUGAGGCCUGAACUUGGGGCCAAGCAAUCCACAGAAAUUUGGGCUCUGUUUCACUUCUCAGUGCCAAAUAGAGAUAUUUAUUUCCAAACUCCUGCUGCCACCAAUUGCAUCAGCUGGUAUAUUGCCUUUUUUGCCUUAGGAGUUAACUGAUUAGAUACUAGUGUCUGCUUUGAAGAAUCAGUCCCUUCUAAUAACUAAUGUUUCAAAUUCAUGCAUUGGAUAUUUCACGCAACUUUACCCAAAUAAUUUUUUUUUUUUUUCAAAAUCACUUUGGAACAACUACUGGCUGAUGAAAAGAUGUGGGGCAUUUGUAUUCCUGAACCUUUUUUGCACUUCUUCUAGUUUUUUUCUUUCAGUAAAUAUGGAGUCUCUAUUGAAUGGAUGGCUUUUCCUGUAUUGGACAGGAUUUAACACAAUGUCUGUAAAGUACAAAUGUGCAUUACUAAUAAUUAUUUCAAAGUAGCCAGGGAGCUAUAUCAAGGUUUUACUUGAGUGUGGGUUCAAGUGAUGCAACUCCACUGUUACACAUGAAUUAAUUUGGCCCAAACAGACCAAAUAAAAUCUGUUCUGCAACCAGUUGGCUUUUAAA